UGUAGAUGAAUGGGAAUGCACUGUGCAAAAAUUCAGCAGGAAAUGAGCUCUUAGCUUGCUAUCUACGGUAACCGUUAAGACGGCUGCAGAAACAUGAGGAGCAGUUCGUCCACAUCACUGGCGCGUGUGCGCAGCCUGGGCUCGGUUCGUCUCAGUAGUCCUCCGAUUUGUUCUGGUUCAGCUCAAGUUCUCGGGUUGCUAGAUUUAGCCGCCGAACAGUUAAUGGUGCGUAGAGAUUUUCAAACAGCAUUCGACACAUGCGAAAGAGGGUUGGACAGUCUUGGAAGCGUCGGUGAGCAAGGAGAAUCCAGCUCCAGGUAUGGAGAGUUGAAGGCAGCUCUGUGUGUAGUGGCGAUCCAAGCUUUGGCAGAACUCAACCAGUGGCGGAGGGUGCUCGCAUGGGUAAUUCAGCAGUAUGGUAGACCUGAGAAAAUUCCAGCAAAAAUUGUGCAAUUGUGCAUUCUCCUCUAUGCCAAGGUGGGUGAGCCAGCCACAAUGCAGGAGGUUGGCCACGACUGGCUGAAGUUUCAUGCCAGCGGGGGCGUACCAGCGUUCGGCACAGUUGCAGAGCUGUACCUCAUACAUGUGCUUUUGCCGCUGGGUCGAUUGGCAGAGGCACGUGAGCUGGUAGUGGGUGAGGUGGGAGUUGUGGCAUUCACUGAGGAGCAGAGGCGAACCGCGCUGGACAUUGUGGAGAGCCAGGAGAGCUGCAGGCCUGGACAGAGCCCCAGCCCCAGCCCCAGCCCUUUACCGAGCCCAGCACAGAGCACUCAGCUAAGCACACACAGAGGUGCUGCCACUCAGAGGCUCCAGGCGGUAUUGCAGUUGGUGUACAGGGGGCUCUCUGUGGCAAAGAGAAGCCUGCGGUCAUUCCCCCUCCGUAGGGUGCUCCUGGCUGCUUUCCUGCUCUACCUGCUCCUAGUACGGCUGGACCCAGCACUCCCCUCGUCCUUCCCUUGGCUCUCACGUCUGCUGCAAAUGUUCAGACAGAUGUGGGACACUAUGUUUGCACCAUACUACCGUGCCAGCGCACCACGCUAAAAGUACACCUGCAUUGAAGCCUUUCUUUGCACAGGGACAUUGACUCCCAACACUAAACUCCUUUGACAUCACCAUGGCUUCCAACACUAGCACUGCAGGAACAUGGCUGACCCUCCACCUUUUACAUGCUGGUCUGGACUUGAAAUGUUUAGGGUCUGUUCUGUUAUCACAGGCUUAUGACAUGAGAAGAGGAAUUGAAUUGAACAGUGAAUUCAGUUUGUCGUUUUAUCCAGAACUGUUUGGAGAUGUAUUAAAAUAAAUAUCUAGAUUAUAUACCUUCACUCACUGUGAUUCUGUUGGGAAGGAUUAUGAGCAGCAGUGGGCAGGCUAAUUACAAAUGAUCAGUUUACCAUUU